GACGAAAAGAAACGAAAAGCGUUAACAUACAUACAAUACAAAAUAGUUAUAUAUACGUGAAACUAGCCACUUUUAUAUAGCCGUUGUUAAAUCAUGUUUCGUUUAAAUUGGCAUCGCUGUCAGGUUUAUUUUAUGAACACUCUGACGGUGUCCUUUAGACGACGAUCGAUGCAAUUGCUGAGUAUCGGAUGUGUGCCUCUCAGGGAGAACAAUGUGGUAUGCUACAAUUCCCUGUGGAGGCGUCUAGUCAGCCAAUAUCAGUUUCGUACGAAGAAGAGUGUCUACUAUCCGGAUCGUAAGUCCGAGAUGCAGCGUACGACGGUAUCGGCCAAGCAAAUGCUGGCCAUCAAUCCCCAGCAUCAUCAGCGUGGCCUGCCCAAAGAUUACUACUACAGAGUGCUUGGCGUGAAUAGACAUGCAACUGUACAGCAGAUUCGCAGCGCUUUCUAUGCGCUAGCCAAACGAUAUCAUCCAGACUCCAUGCACUCAGAAGAAAAGCUGAGGCAUUUUCAGGAACUUUCCAAUGCUUACAAUAUUUUAACGGACGAGACAAAGCGUUUGGAAUACGAUCAGCUUGGUGGCAUCAAAGAUGAAAAGGCAUUCCUAGCGCAGGCUGGAAAUCCCAUGAGCAUUGACCUGAACAGCAAAAAAUUUGAAACGAUUUGCCAAAGUUCGGAAGAUAUAAAAAAAUUAACUGGUGGCGAGUUCGAUUUACCAUUGACUUUUCUGGAAGCCACCGUCGGCUGCAAGAAGCGCAUUGCUUUGCGGUAUUUGCGAAAAUGUGAAAACUGUAAGGGUAAAUCACAGCUAAUGGCCAAUCGUGAUCUGGGCAAGGAGCCGUGCCGUCGCUGCAACGGCACUGGUACAGUGUCCACGAAAACGUCGACCUUCAGUUCAGUGAAUACGUGUAGUCAGUGUAAAGGCAAGCGUUAUAUUAAUCGGAACGAUUGCGACAACUGUGAAAACCGCGGCUUUGUAACGGGCACUGUCGAGGUUUUAAUCACUGUGCCAUCCGGCUCAAGAACGGGAGAUAUUAUAACCAUCGACAAUCCCAACACAAAGCAACGGGUCAAAUAUACUCUACAGGUGCCCACGAGUGAUUACUUUCGUCGCGUCGGUAACGAUAUCCACACAGAUAAAUUUCUAAACAUCUCUGAAGCCAUUUUGGGUGGUAAUUUUCUAGUUCGUGGUCUCUACGAUAACAUCGAGCUCCGUGUCGAAGCCGGAACACAAUCUCAUACACAGGUAGUUCUGCACAACAAAGGAGUACGCACACGUGAUGGUGUGGGCAAUCAUAUAAUCACACUGAAGGUUCGUAUUCCUUGCAAUCUGUCGAUGAAGCAACGACAGCUUAUUUUGGCACUGGCUCAGGCGGAGGAACCGGUGUUUGAAUUCCAUAAGGGUAGCAAGAAUGUAAAGGAUUAAAUGUCGUCUGUUCCUCUAUAUACAAAAAUCUUGCUCAAAAAUUCUCAAUGUGUAACGCUUUCAUCAUUGUCCAAGUAAAUUUUAAAUAUUUGUCAGCUUUAAAUGUUCAUAUCACCUUUUUUAUGUUGAUGCCCCACUGUGAGUCAGUCC